AUGCGUUUGCAUCCCAUCCUUCUUGCCCAAAUCACAGCAGUGACCGAGUCAUGCACCGAUUGGAGAUGGAGAUGGUUUCAGGUUCUGCAGCGGACUCUAGGGUUUUACGAGACGCCGUUCAUCGACCAGGUGGCCUUCGUGUACCAACAGUUACGCAUGGAAUCCACUGGCAGUGGGGGAAGCAAUUCCCAGCCCAACGGACAACGUCGAGUUUGGAAUGCGGCUGCGGAAAAUGCAUUGCUUAAUGGUUUGCGGGAUCUUGUCACACACGGGUGGAAAUGUGACAACGGAUUUCGCAACUGUUACACCAUCAUAUUGGAACAGCAUAUGCGGCAGAUAUUCCCGGGGAAAAUGAUUACUGUGAGGGAUGAGGACGUGUGGCAAGGCUACAUCACGGCUCACCCAAAGGCCAAAUCAGUGCGUUAUAAAUCUUGGCCCUAUUAUCCGGAUUGGGUAGAAAUUUUUGGGAAGGACCGGGAAACAAGAGAGGGGGCAGUCGGUUUCACAGACGCGGUGAAUGAUGUCUUACAUUAUACUAACGUGCAAGUACCUAGCCCUAUCCCCACUGAAGACGCAGUCCCAGAACAAUGUGACUUCCCUCAGACUAAUUUUGACUCUUUUUUGGCUAGAGCUGGUGAGAGUAGUGCUUCCGGUAAGUCUAAGCGUGAUGGAAAAAGAAAACGUCCUGUUGAGGUGGAGGAUAAAAUAAUGGGGUUACUUUCAUCUGUUUGCCAAGAGACGAACGACCGUCUCUCGGAACUCUCUACACGUGUUGGUAACCACGUAGAAGCUAAAGAGCAGCGAGUCGCCAUAUAUGACGCACUGAAAAACAUUGCAAACUUAACAGUGGAUCAAAGGGUAGGCGUUGCGUGGUACUUAAGCAAAAAUGUUGACGAGAUGGAACUUUUUUUUAGCCUGGACGAUGAUGCAAAGAGGUCGAUGGUGCAUCAAAUAUUGAGUGGGUCUAUGUAG